AUGAGCAAAGUUAUCAAGCUGCCUGCUAAUGCCAGAACGGCUCAUUUUCGCACUCUAGAAAGAGAAAAUCGGUUUGUGAAUCCGCCAAAAGACAAAUCUGCAUAUCCGCUACUUCAGGAAGCCGUCGAACCUCAUAUUGGGUCGUUCAAUGCACUCACGGAAGGUCCAGAAGGUGGUCUUCUAAACCAGGCCGUCGAGGAUCUUGGUGGUAAAGUCGUAUUCGAUGGUGCCAUUUCCGACGAGAACCCUAACUACCUGGGCAAUAAGCUAACGCUGAGCGUUCAACAAGUGUCCAUUGCCAAGCCUAUGUCCAAUGACGGCGUCUCUUCUGCUGUCGAACGUAAAGUUUAUCCUUCGGAGUCGAGACAGAGACUUUCUUCGUACAGAGGUAAGUUGUUGUUGAAACUCAGCUGGUCGGUCAACGACGGCGAAGAAUCAUUCACCGAAAUCAAAGAUUGCGGUGGACUUCCAGUGAUGCUACAAUCUAACCGCUGUCAUUUGAACAACAUGUCUCCUUACGACCUGGUUCAACACAAGGAGGAAAGUGAUGAGCUUGGGGGUUACUUCAUCGUCAACGGUAUUGAAAAAUUGAUCAGAAUGCUGAUUGUUCAACGUAGAAACCACCCUAUGGCAAUUAUUAGACCUUCUUUCUCUAACAGAGGUGCCUCGUACUCACAAUACGGUAUUCAGAUUAGAUCAGUAAGGCCAGAUCAAACUUCUCAAACGAACGUCUUGCAUUACCUGAAUGACGGUGAAGUUACCUUCAGAUUUUCCUGGAGAAAGAAUGAAUACCUGAUACCUGUUGUAAUGAUUUUGAAAGCUCUGUGUGAGCUCAAUGAUAGAGAAAUUUUCGAUGGUAUCGUUGGUUCUGACACCUCGAAUUCUUUCUUGACAGAUCGUUUAGAACUGUUGCUUCGCAGUAACAAAAAAAAGUGCGGUAAUUUGCAAAAUCGUCGUCAAGUUCUGCAGUAUUUGGGUGAUAAGUUCCGGGUGGUGCUCCAAGCCGCACCUGAUGCUUCUGAUUACGAAAUCGGUGAAGAACUUUUGAGACGUAUUGUUCUUGUACACUUGGGCGAGAACAAUGAAGACAAGUCGAGAAUGUUACUUUUCAUGAUUAGAAAACUAUAUUCUUUGGUUGCAGGUGAAUGCUCUCCAGACAAUCCCGAUGCUACUCAGCAUCAAGAAGUCCUCCUAGGAGGGUUUCUUUACGGUAUGAUUAUUAAGGAAAAAAUUGAAGAAUACUUGCAAAACAUUAGACUUCAGAUCCAGUCUGAUGUAGGCCGCGGCUUAGCUGUCAAUUUCAAAGAUCGCAAGUACAUGACUAGAGUUCUCAUGAGAGUCAAUGACAACAUCGGAUCGAAACUUCAGUACUUUUUAUCGACCGGUAAUCUGGUUUCUCAGUCAGGUCUUGAUUUGCAGCAAGUUUCCGGUUACACCGUCGUUGCAGAAAAGAUUAAUUUCUACCGUUUCAUUUCUCAUUUCAGAAUGGUUCACAGAGGUUCCUUUUUUGCUCAGUUGAAAACUACUACUGUUAGAAAGUUGCUGCCUGAAUCCUGGGGGUUCCUAUGUCCCGUCCAUACUCCGGAUGGUUCCCCGUGCGGUUUGCUAAAUCAUUUUGCUCACAAAUGUAAAAUUUCCACCACCCAAUCUGAUGUUUCUCGAGUCCCAUCUAUACUUUACACUCUAGGUGUUGACCCAGCUUCUCAUGCCUUUGCUGCCGGUCCUUCAUUGUGCUGUGUUCAAUUAGAUGGUAAAAUUGUUGGUUGGUGUUCGCAUGAGCAAGGUAAGAUCAUCGCUGAUACUCUAAGAUUCUGGAAGGUCGAGGGUGAAACUGCCGGCCUACCUUUGGAACUUGAGAUUGGUUACGUUCCGCCUUCCUCCAGCGGUCAGUAUCCUGGUCUGUAUCUCUUUGGCGGGCAUUCAAGAAUGAUGCGUCCUGUCAAGUACCUACCUCUCGGAAAAGAGGACAUUGUGGGCCCAUUUGAACAAGUGUAUAUGAACAUUGCUGUCACUCCUGAGGAGAUUGGCAACAACAUUCAUACUCAUGUGGAGUUUACGCCUACUAACAUUUUAUCCAUUUUGGCAAAUUUGACUCCAUUUUCUGAUUUCAAUCAGUCUCCAAGAAACAUGUACCAGUGUCAAAUGGGUAAGCAAACAAUGGGCACUCCGGGUGUAGGACUCUGUCACCGUUCAGACAACAAGCUUUAUAGACUGCAAACAGGUCAAACUCCAAUCGUGAAAGCCAACCUUUAUGACGAGUAUGGUAUGGAUAACUUUCCUAAUGGUUUCAACGCCGUGGUUGCGGUCAUUUCAUACACCGGUUACGAUAUGGACGAUGCAAUGAUUAUCAACAAAUCUGCUGACGAGAGAGGAUUUGGAUAUGGUACCAUGUACAAGACCGAAAAGGUUGAUUUAUCUCUUAAUAGAAGCCGCGGUGAUCCUGUCACACAGCACUUCGGCUUUGGGGAGGAUGAAUGGCCCAAGGGAUGGCUUGAUAAGCUGGAUGAUGAUGGGCUGCCCAUGAUUGGUACUUACAUGGAAGAAGGUGACCCUAUCUGUGCAUACUUUGACGAUACAUUGAACAAGACUAAAAUAAAAACCUAUCACUCAUCGGAACCUGCAUAUGUCGAAGAAGUAAAUUUGAUAGGAGAUGAAUCCAGCAAAUUCCAAGAGCUACAGAGCGUCUCGAUCAAAUUUCGUAUUAGAAGAACGCCACAAAUUGGUGACAAGUUCUCUUCCAGACACGGACAAAAAGGUGUUUGCUCGAGGAAAUGGCCUACUGUUGACAUGCCGUUCAGUGAGACUGGUAUCCAACCCGACAUUAUUAUUAACCCUCAUGCUUUCCCAUCUCGUAUGACUAUCGGUAUGUUCGUCGAGUCUCUGGCGGGUAAGGCAGGUGCCCUGCAUGGUAUGGCGCACGAUGCCACACCCUGGACUUUCAGCGAGAAAGAUACCCCAGCAGAUUACUUCGGUGAUCAGUUGAAAGAGGCUGGCUACAACUUCCACGGAAACGAGCCAAUGUACUCCGGUGCCACCGGCGAGGAACUAAGAGUCGACAUAUACGUUGGUGUAGUCUACUACCAGAGACUGCGUCAUAUGGUGAACGACAAGUUUCAAGUACGUUCGACAGGUCCUGUUAACAGUCUGACGAUGCAACCUGUGAAAGGUAGAAAGAGACACGGUGGUAUUCGUGUUGGUGAGAUGGAAAGAGAUGCUUUGAUUGGCCACGGGACAUCGUUCCUACUGCAAGAUCGUUUGUUGAACUGUUCAGAUUACACGCAGACGCCAGUCUGCAGGGAGUGCGGUGCCUUAUUGACGACACACUACAGCGUGCCUCGUAUCGGUUCACAGUCCACAGUAAGAUGCCGCCGCUGCGCAUUGAAAUUCGAGGACGCAAAGAAACUCGUUUCUCAAUACCAAGGCGACGAUCAGAUUUUCAUUGACGAUGCUCAUAUCUGGGAAGAUGGACAAGGCAAUAAGUUUGUCGGAGGUGGCGAGACCACCACCGUUGCCAUUCCAUUUGUGUUGAAAUACUUAGACUCUGAGCUGGCGGCCAUGGGUAUCAAGCUUCGCUUCAACGUCGAACCUAAAUAA